UCAUCUCCUUUUCCUUGCCUUCCCGUUGGCGACCGAAAUUGCUUGCUGCUUUUUGGAGGGAGAGAAUCGGAGACGGAGACGGAGACGAAGAUAUGAUACCGCAGCAAUGGGCUCAGCCCUGUGGCGGCAAAUGCACCCACAAAUACGCAGCUCUAACUCAGAUUCCUUGGAGAGUGUUUUGCAAGAAAGGUUGUAAUGCUGAUGGAGACACAUGGGAAGAGUGCUUGGAAGCGUGUGAAGAGAUAUGCUACAAGGACCCUGUAUUAAAGGACCAGCAGUGGAGUGCUUACAUUGACCGUUCACCUGGAGCUGCAAGCUACUCAGAGGAAUGUUUCCAUGCUUGCGUGUCUGGCUGCGGCUAUAAGUUUGACGUUAAGAACGACACAGUUGACCAGACUCAUCCACACCGGCCGUGCAAACCUUCUCCCCCUCUUGAGAAGCCACCUUCCUCUGUUCACAAACCUCCUACCACCAUAGCUGAUGAACAGUCAGAUUUACCUUGUACUUCUGCUUAGAAGUCAAUGGCAGAUACUAAGACAAAUGAAAAUUGUUGAUGCUGUGUGUGAGAAUUGAUUUUCCUGUUGUUGUAGCGUUUACUUCCCUUUUUGAUUGGCCGAAAUGUGAUAGUUUUGAGAUCAAGAAAUUUUUAUUUCUUUAAGAGCUUCUGACUACCCUAACAUCCACAUUUCGGUAGAGCAUACCAGGAUAGCUAUAAUCUCAGUAGGGUUCAAAAACCAACUUUUAGAAUAGGUACUUAACCGUCAUCUUGUAUUAUUUUGUCAUCUCCAGAUGUACUCUCUGAAACUUUGUGUGUUAUGAUAAGCUUGAAAAUAUUUAUUUCUGAUGAAUGUUGUGAGCCUGUGACUGUUUGGUUCGUGAAUUGUGAUUAGGGAUGAACUUGGCUUCUUACCUGGUAAGGAAGUUUAUCAAAAUAAGGUGGCCUAUCUCGAUCUGUCCACAUUUCCUUUUCAUCUCACCUACAUAAUGUGUGAGGCCAUAUAUGUGCCGCUUUGUUUACCUGCUCGCCACCUUCUCUCUUUGGACUUUGAGUUGCCGAAUCAUACCUAGGUUGUAUGCCAAAGUUACUAAACACUGUAAGGCAAUGUCAAAAAAUAGCUUCUGCCAUGUCACCCUUUACUCAAACAACCACACACUUUGGAGGGACCCUUUUGUCAAUUCAGAUUCCCUUUCUUCUUCGUUGUGUGUUUCCAAUCUCCAACCGGAAAUUGAAACCCUUCCCUCGCCACUCCUUCUCAUCCGCAGACCGCAAUCUCAAAUCAAAAUUCCCAACCUCCACCCGGAAUUCGAAGAAAUCAUUCUCGAAAACUCAUCCCAACCGCAAUCUAAGAUCAAAAUCCUUCGCCGUCCUUUCUAGCACACUCAAUCUCAAAGGGAAAUUCCUCCCGGGGGCCUCUCUACUCAUCGAACCUCAUCAUAGGCUCCAGCUUUUUUGCCACACUCAAUCUCAAAUCAAAAUCCUCUACUGUGGCCCUCUCUCUACUUCCCCUACCAUUAUUGUGUUUGUUGGCAUCUUCUCCACACUCUCUCAAAUCAAAAUACUCCGUCGUCGCCCUCUUUCUACUUCCCCUACCUUCUCUGCGUUUGUUGCAUGUGGUCUGUCUUGGAAGGCCCCGGAAAAAAAUGCUGUCUUCUCCACACUCUCUCAAAUCAAAAUACUCCGUCGUCGCCCUCUUUCUACUUCCCCUACCUUCUCUGCGUUUGUUGCAUGUGGUCUGUCUUGGAAGGCCCCGGAAAAAAAUGCUGACUCGCUCUUGCUGUGUCUCCCAGACCAACCCUGUAAUUUCCCUUGGAAGCCUCCCCCCGCCGCCAAGCAAUGAAUCAUUCUCCGUCUCGCUCUUUGCCUCCUAAAAUCAAUCCGCGGAGUACCCUCGCAAACCGCCAUCGAGCAAACAAUGAUUCUCCCUCUUGCUCUUUGUGCCCAUCGCAGAUGAAGAAUUUUUGGUCUCUGUCGGCAGUUGCCGCACAAGUGGUGAAGUGAAGUUUAUCAGCCCUCAAAACUACAGUAAGAGAUUUAUCAUGAUUUGAGGAUUCUUAUCAGGUUGUUCCCAACGUCCUUCUAACAAUUGAGAUUCAAAACUUUAAAAUCUUAGGAUAGGUGAAUGUUUGAGCUUUUAUGAACCAUAAAAACACAACAAAAAAGUUUACCCUCUCUAUAUGUAAAUUUUAAUCUUUCAUUUCUUUCGUAAUCUUGCAUUUUUCCCGUGCUUUGUAGAAAUAUGGAGGUGGUAUCCCGGGCAUUUAAGAAGAGGACGACCAAUGGCGGGCAUCAAUAAUAGCAUCCAAUCUGGGUGGGACUCGCCCUACUUCCACGACGAAUCCAUCUCGCCAGGUUAUUCCCAAUUUCAUUCAAACUUGUAGAGAUUAAUAUAUAGAGUCAUUCCUGAUCUUAGGAUUUAGGUCAAUCGAGAACUUUGUUUCUGGGAGUAGCUGUUGUUAGUGAUUAGAUAGAUGUUGUGACAUAAUGUUAAUAGCUAUUGUGGAGUCAUUGUUACCGGGUUCAGGAGUUAGCUGACUCAAACUAUAUACCUCUGAGAGUAGUGGUAGAUUCGGCAGAUGGCAUGAUGUAAUAAAUGAUCGAAUAUGGUCGGAGAGCUCCUCUGCAAUCACAAAUUUGGGGGCUUUAUCCAGUCAUGUAUUCUAUAUUCUCAAUCUAAUAGACAAGUUCUCAUGGCUGCCUUUUGUCUGUGAAGAAGGGAUCAGAAGAAAUUUAGGAUUUUUUACUUUAGAACAGAGAAAAGAAGAAGACUGACGAAAUCAACUAAAUGGAUCGAGAAGAAGAAUCCACAGCUGUCUUCUGAUCGCUCUUUUAGUCAGCAAAAACCCUUUGAAAAUGGGCCAUAAGUUAAAUAGGCUAGACCAUUUAAAAGUCCAACGAUCUGCUGAAAACAGAAGACUUAAAGGUUAGACAGGCUUCCAGCCCAGUCUUGCUUCUUGACUUCUCGCUUGAUAGUUUUCAGUUCAGCUGAAGAUCUACAGGGAAAAAAGAACAGAAGAGAAACAGAGUAAGAAACAGAGCAGAAGGAAAAAUGCAGAAAACAGAUAACACAGGACGUUUUUAACGUGGUUUGCCCAAGUGCAAUGGUGUACUUCCACGUCCCAGAAUACAGUAUGGGAGACCCUUUGUUGAUUUUCUGUUUUUGACUUAAGAACACAAAUACAAACUAUACUAGGAAGGAAAUGAAAGAAGCUUGAAAACAAAUGCAGAGAGACGAACACUCAGAUCACAACCUAAUCUAAUUCAGCCUCAACACUAGAGAUCCUCUACCUCUCUAGUGAUACCCUUUACUAAGCUUAGUCCUAUACCACAAAGCUUCUUCUCCACAAACGUGCCAUCGAAAAUCUUCUGUCGUUGGUUAAAUAGCUAGUAGAGACUAGCCGUUGGAAUCAAUCAAGAGACAAUCCCCUUUAAAUCCCACAAUCAAGUGCUUUCCUUUUGUAACAAGACACCUUCAAAUCAGCAACGGUCUUGGAUCAAUGUAGGAGUCAAUUCUGACUUGCUAUAUUUCAACAGUCUCGAUGGCUUUUGCAAGUUGAAGCUUCUCGGAUCUUGAUUGUCAUUAUGCUUCUUUCAGUAAUGUCUUGCAAAGAUAUGAUGUGCUAAAUUUGCCCUUAAUUUGAUGUUUAGUCAACCAUAAAUUUUUUUCAAUUAAAUUGAAUUUUCUCUUUCUGCUUGCAAGUUUUCCCUUUUGAACUCUUUCCUAAAUGUUUAUUUGUGUUACCUCAGGGCCUCAAGAAUUUGCAACUCUAUGGGGUUAUUUUGGUCAUGACCU